AUGUCAUAUGUAAUACAUAUACAAAAAUAUCUAGAAAGACUUGAACUGUUAAAGUUGUUGGCGACUAAUCGCCUCACGGCUGAGUGCAGUGCCCUGCUCCGAAUCACGACAGGGCGAUUCUUGAGCCGCCCCGAGCGCCAGCCAGGUUAUUCUGUUCAAAAUAUUUGUGCAGACCACUCUGAGUAA